AUGAUCCAGAUUGACCUUUUAGCAAGCUCAACAGCUUUCAUCCUCGCUCUUUACUUCUACCUCAAACGUUCCGAUGAACGUUCUCUUUCGAAGCUUCCACUACCCCCUGGACCCAAGGGCGCGCCGCUCAUUGGCAAUCUGAAAGACAUGCCAACAACCUUUGAAUGGCAGACGUACCACAAGUGGUCCAAAGAAUUCAAUACCGAUAUCUUGCGACUCUCCGUUGCCGGUACAACCCUCAUUGUCCUCGACACUUCUGAAGCGGCAACGGAACUUUUGGAAAAGAAGUCAUCAAUUUACUCCGGACGGGCACGAAUGCCUAUGAUUAACGAAUUGAUGGGCUGGAACUUCAACUUUGGCUUCAUGCAAUAUGGUGACCGGUGGCGCAAACAUCGAAGGAUUAUGCACCAGACCUUCCACCCCUCGGCUGCCCGCCAAUUUCGUCCGCAUUCCCUGAAGGCUUCGCGUAACCUUAUUCGUCGAUUCUUGGACAACCCAGAUGAUAUCAUCGGAAAUUUGAGGCAUAUGGCGGGUGAAACAAUCAUGUCGGUCGCUUACGGAUUGGAUGUUCAGCCCCAAAACGAUCCAUACAUUGCGACUGCCGAGCAAGGAGUUCAUCCCCUCGUCGUAGCUGCCGUCCCAGGCGCUUUUCUCGUGGACACCCUGCCGUUCUUAAAAUUUGUCCCAGAAUGGAUGCCAGGGGCCGGAUUUCAGACGAAAGCCCGGGAAUGGAAGAAGCUUGCAUGCAGAAUGGUUGAAGUGCCAUAUAAAGCAGCAAAACAGAGAAUUGCAACUGGCACGGCUCCGCCGUCCUUCACCUCCUUUAGCCUCCAAAAAAUGGAGUCUGAGGAUAUUAUUCAAGGGACCGCUGGUACCCUUUAUGCUGCUGGAUCGGAUACCACUGUUUCUGCGAUUGCCUCUUGCAUAUUGGGUCUGCUCGAUAAACCCGACGUAUUGAAGCGAGCUCAGGCCGAGAUCGACGCCGUCGUCAAACCGGGUCAUUUGCCCGACUUCGAUGACGAAGAGUCACUUCCCUUUAUUACAGCCAUCGUGAAAGAAACCCUCAGAUGGAGGGAUGUUGUUCCGAUAGCCAUUCCCCGGCUCCUCGACUACGACGAUGAAUAUAAAGGUUAUCACAUUCCUGCGGGUUCUAUUAUCAUUCCUAACGCUUGGGCUAUGCUUCAUAACGAAGAAGUCUACCCUGAUCCUUUCACGUUCAAUCCAGAUAGGUUUAUGAAGGAUGGGAAGAUUGACAAAUCUGUUAGGGAUCCAGCUCACGCUUGCUUCGGGUUUGGACGCCGUAUCUGUCCUGGAAGAUACAUGGCUUUCUCCGCCGUCUGGAUUGCCAUUGCCUCGUUAAUUUACGUGUUCGACUUCGAGAAGGCAGUCGAUGAAGACGGAAACAUCAUAGAGCCAUCCCACGAAUACAUCUCUGCACUGGUAGUCAUGCCGAAGCCGUACAAGUGCUCUAUAAAACCCCGAUCAAAAGCGGCUGAAACUCUCAUUCUUUCUGCCGACAGUCAAGAUAUCGAAUUAUAA